AGCUCUUCAUCGUUCGCGAACACGAGGAUCUGAUGCUCGAAAGUUCUAUUGAACCUUCCUAAACACGGCUCUGUCGCUCUGCCGCUCAAAGAAGAAACUGCGUUCGCAAAACUCCCUGAAUCGCCCUGGCUGGUCAAGAAGUCGAGAAUAUCACGCAUGUCGUUGUUAUCACAUUUGUCCUCCGGCAAACCCCUUCCGAAUUCCUUACAUGCGUGUAACAAGUGUUGCACACCCGGCAAUAAGAGAGCUCGCCUCUGGUACGCGAGAGGCGCAUGCAGCUGGUCAUCGCAAAGACCGACCUGCCGAUACCUGCAGACCUUUUCGCACGAGAUCCAGAGCGGCUGCUCUGCUAGAUUCGUAAGCAAUUGGCUGGAACUUCUUUCGGGACCAAAUUCGCAGGCACGUCGGUCAUACUGUGGGACCAAAUGUUGCCUGAGGUCGUAUCUUUCGCGCGUGCAGGACAGCACCUGGCCGCUUAAAGGUCCUUUCGCUGCGGUUAUGAUGCAAGCAAUGGUCUUUAGCGACGGCGCGCACUUGGUCGGGUACUCUACUCAUCGUCUCGAUGUGUCUCCACCGGCCUAUAUUCCCACCACGUUGCCUCGCGAUUAUGGGAACGCCAGCAGUUCCAAGUCCUGCAGGUGCAAAAGUGGCACGCUCUCACCCGCUUGUACAAAUUCAUGCGCCAAGGUCUUUGCCGGAUCAUUGAAUCCAAGCAGGGUGUAAGAUGGCACGAACCCCAGGACGUAUGCUCAGUGCUGAGAGAGCAUGUAUGACAACAUCCUUGGGAAAGCAACAGGCCUUGUGGUAACAUGGGCACCCCUUACGAUAAAUACUUGGUAUAGCUGCAGAGUAGGCUUCCACAUAACGUGCGUAUUCGUUCCCUGAAUAGGAAAUCCGAUGGAGUCGCAAGAGGCGAUGCCUUGCAGAGCUAAUAGAGCGUUGAUCUGCCAGACUAUCCACUGGUCGUACAACGCGAAGUGGGAUGCAUUGCAUUAGUGGAGCAACUGCUUUCGUGCGUUG